GGGUUCCUGCAAGAAAGAGCGAAUGGAUUCACAUGUUUGAGAGUUCAAAUCAGUACCGGUGGAUAUCUUCAUUUGAAACGCAAAGGCGUCUCUGCUACUUAUCACCAUCUACGAUAGCUAGCUUUCUAUCAUAGACAAAGCUGAAAUUGGGGGGAGGAACAGUACAGUUGUUUGCUGUAUAUAGGGAAGCAAGCCACAUAAGGCUUUCAGAGAAAGUGCUGGGUGUUUCAGAGCGGGAACCAAUCUACAGCUUAGGGGCAACUUAUCGCCCAGAUUUCAAUCGGUAUAUCAUCCGUUGGUCCGAGACAUGAUCCCACGAUAAAGACAACUGCCAAUACCCCUUUAUUAUCCACACAGAUCAGACAAUGUCCGCCGAUUUCUGGGCUGGCUAUAUUAGCGGUGCCAUUAGUAUUAUCAUUGGCAAUCCUCUCGAUCUUCUCAAGGUUCGGCUCCAAGCCUCGAGUUCAUCACGUGCCAAUGGCCUCUCUCCGAUUCUCACUCCACUCACUUCUACUCCGCCUACUGCUUUCGCAACUCCCAGCUCCCUUAUCCGUGGAACUGCCGCGCCUAUCCUCUCAACCGGCGCUCUCAACGCCCUUCUCUUUGUAACUUAUAACAGAACACUCUCGUUUCUUCACCCUACUUACACCCCUAACCACCCGGAAUCUGUACCCCUAUUAUCGACCUUUCUUGCAGGCACUAUUGGUGGUCUCUGUUCAUCCAUUGUUUCUACCCCAACCGAAUUGAUAAAAUGUCGCGCUCAGCUCUCUAGCCCCCCUGUCUCUUCCUUGGCGAUAGCUCGCUCUAUUAUAUCUACAACUGGAAUCAGAGGUCUCUAUUUCGGAGGUGUAGUUACCGCCUUGAGAGACAGUAUAGGUUAUGGGUUUUAUUUUUGGAGCUAUGAAUUAUCAUCGCGUCUCUACUCUUCUUACAUUCUCUCGUCGCCUCCAGGAAUGGAAAACUCCACCAGUUCUCGGGACGAAGCAAUCAAAAUUCUCCUCUGCGGUGGCGUAGCCGGAGUGGUGACAUGGGCUAGUGUUUUCCCACUUGACGUUGUGAAAACAAGACUACAAGCUCAAAUUCUCUCUCCGACAUCAGCUUCAGAAAUCACAUCCCUUCGUAUUGGGUCUCCACCACACAAACCCAGAGGAGCCUUAGAAAUAGCGAGACUAGCAUAUCGCAAUGAGGGAAUGGGUGUAUUUUUUAGAGGAUUAGGUGUAUGUAGUUUAAGGGCUUUCAUUGUAAAUGCAGCACAGUGGGCAGCAUAUGAGUGGAUUAUGAGGGAGCUCGGUGCAAAAGGUGAGAUUGGUGCUAGCGUCAAGGACACAGCCAAGAGUGAGAUCUUAAAUGUAUAGUGAUGAUUUGGCCUGAAAUUUGGGUUUUUGGAGAGGGUUUGUACAUGGUAUGCAAAUAGACGAAGAGGAAGAGGUAGGAGACCGAAUAGAGAGUAUAGCA